AUGACGAUUCCCAACCGCGACCUACACCUGACCAACAUCGGCAAUCUGGCCCAGGCACUCUUGACGACCGCGGCCAACCUGAACAUGGAGGUCGACCACUUAACCCGGCAGCCGCCGACCGGCGACGGACAGACGGGAUCGGAGGACUGGCAACAGCAACGCACGGAAAUGGAGACGGAACUGGCCCGCUUGCGAGAGACGAAUGCACAUCAACGCACACAGCUAGCGGACUACCAUCGUGUAUACAACGAAAACAAGGCCAGUCACGAGUUAUUGGAGUCGCGCGUCCAAGAACUCCUGAAGAGAUGGUCCAACGACGUAGCCAACCGAGACCAACAACUUCGCAUCCGAUCCGUACACCGGUUCUGGAACUGGCUGGGAAAGACAUGUGCCAUGGUGAACCCCAAGAGCGUGACCGUCUUGUGUGAAGCGUACAGCGUCCUGUUGAGGGAGGGAGCCCCGACUGCACCCCAAACGAAUGACAUCGUCAAAAUUCCUCCGUUCACCGCCAAGGCUUCUGCACCCGUUUACGCGCCGGCGCAGUCACGGCCCUUGACACCGCAGCCAUCACGCCCGAACGGGAAAAGUGCGGCCGAACGGGAAGUGUCUUCAAGCGGCGCCGGCGACGACGGACGCCCCUCGAAGAGAGCAAAAUCCACCCCCGUAUCUCCGAAACUUAAGCCUUCGGGCAACGAGUUCAAGCGUAUUUCAAAGAACCCGAGAACCUCCCUCAGUCAGCAUCCCUCAGUACAGUCCGUACCCGGCUUCACGCAAGAGAUGUUGGACGUUUACGAGGAGGUACGAGCGACGAAGCUCUGGGAACGUUAUCGGCGGGUCGGAUCAAUUCUCCCAGACCGAGACGGCCCAGAGGGGCAACACGUGCGUCGGUUUAACACAAGCGUGGCCACCUUUUGGGACCGGUACGGGCAACAACUCUGGGAGCGGACUUACGCCCCGUUCGGCAACGCCAACCAUCUGGAACCCCUGUUCCAUCAGGUCUUUAACCUCCAUGUCGAGUUGCAGCUCUUGAUCAACAACACCGACUACGACGACACCCUUGUCCACUUCCUGUGCUUCCCGCACCCGGCUUGGCCAGUCUUGUCACUCAACCCGCCAACGCCAAAGAAGAUCCUAGCGGGCGACCCAGGGUGGAGCGCCAUCGUGAUGGACUACUGGGUGAAUCGAUCGGUUCGAUUCUGGCCCGAAGUUCCGCCGAUCCCGCACUCGGGAAAGACAGGGAACGAAGUUUGGUACCGGCUUGGGCGACUGUAUCGAGGAACUUCAUCGACGCGGGGUGCCCAUGGCGUAACAAACCGUACCCUUUCGUGUCAGUGA